AUUUAACAUUCAAAAUGGCGGACGAAAAUACUAAGAAAAUGCACGAGAACGGCGCUUCUCAAAACAUGAAAGCGGGUGAUGUUUUUGCAGGAGCUUUGUUGUUGACUGGUGUAACUUUUGCGUCGAUGGCUAGUGGUUUUGGAUAUGCUAUCGGACAAGCGCGAAGGAGAAGUCCAAGCUCUUUUGACCAACGUCAACAAGAAGGGGCGAAACUAGCCAUGAGAGCUCUCGGAUGGGGCACUGUCCUUGCCGUCAGUGGGGUCGGUCUUCUAAUAUUUGGAGUGAAGACUGCUCUUGGUGUUAAGGAUGUAAGAAUACGUAACACUUCUACGUUUUUUGUUUGUUUGUGUGUGUGUUUGUUUGUUUGUUGUUUUUUUUUUGUGGUGUGCGCUGUCCUUAGUGUUUAGUCAUGAUAUAAGUUAUUUUCUCAGUUUAGCUUUUCCUAACUUGGAGUUAUCGUUUCGUGUCAUGUUUUAUUGUUUCUUAAUUUCGGUCAGGUGCAGUGAGGCUGCAGGUAUAUGAGGAAUGACUCUCCUCGUGACUCACUAGAGAAAAUCACUCUAGUCUACAACUUAUCAUCACACCUGCACGUGAUUUUUGUAUUCAACAAUGUGCAGUGGUAGCAGGGUUACUAAAUUUUACUCAGUAGACUGAUAGAUUUUACUAAAUAGACUGAAAGGAAAAUUAAUUGAUCUUGAAUAUAAAAAGUUUAUCCUUCUAAAAUAUUGAUAGCUAGUUUUCAAGAUUUAGUAGGAUUUUUUGUCAACCUUAUAGUCUAGAAUUAAGAGAAAAAUUUCUGCCUGACCUCUCACAGGCAUUAAUCUAUUGGGGUUGUGUAUUUGGUCAUCCAUGAUUGGUUGAGGGCAGGGAAUUAAAUAAAUAUUUACCAUGGCCCUACAUGGAUAAAAAAAACCGUUGAUGUUCAAUUAUUAGCUUGGUGUUUAUUGUGGUUGGAACCCCUUUUUGUCUCUUGGUGAAUUCCAACCAUCAUUUCCUGUAAAGUUCACCAUUGCACUUCAAUUUCAUAAAGGCAAUACUGGGAAGGGUGGUUCCAAAGGAGCAUGUAAUCCACCUCUUUGUCAAGAAAAAUUGAUGAUAGCUCAUAUACAUGUGACAUCUUUGCUAAAAAGUCACCCCUACUCCUUGUUUCCACCACAUUAUCCCCAAAUUUUUGCUAAAUUUCAUGUGGAUAUUGUUUGAUUUCUGACCCUUUUCUUCACAAGGAGAAAAAGAAACAAUAAUGACGAGGGUUCUCAUGAUUUCAGUGUUUUGAGAACUGAUACUUUCAAAAUAAACUUCACCAGCCCAGUACACCUUGAAAGGGAAACUUAGGUGAGGUGGUAAUUGGGUAAUCCCACUUGAAUACGAAUAAGGCUUAUUACAAUUCUAGUGAAACCACCUAGCAUACCCGUAGUGCCAGUGAGAUACUGGUGCAAAUCUUUCCUCUGCUAAAAAAUCCCCCCAGCAUCUUGUAAAAGAAUAUUUCUCAAACUUUAAUUCGAUUUGUUUUAUAGGCGAAAGAAUUUGGUCUCAAAAUGAAGAGUAUUUUUCCCACAAAGGAUGGAAAGUUGGUUUCAUACUUUGAGCCCUGGAGAAUUCCUAGAAACAAGGGUAAAGGGAACAGCGAGGAGUGGUGGUCUUCAGAGACUCAAAACACCACAAAAGAGAGAAGAUAAUUAUGGUUGCUGUACAUUCUGAAAUUAACAACAAACUCCCUCAGGAUGACAUACUGGCAUAGCAACUUUGCUACAUGUGUAAAAGAAAGCACAACAAAAAGUGACUUCAGAAGAAACCAAAUAACAUUGAAACAAUGGCCAAGAAGACAUCAAAAAGAAAUUUUGUCUAUAAAACAAUUGACACUCUGGUCAGGGUUAACAUGGUGAAGUCUUUCUGGCCUAAUUAGCAUCUUGUUUUCCCAUAAUGAAGGAACUUGGGAGCAUUACUGCUUCUUUUAAGCUGAGAUGCUACUUUACUGAUAAGCUGAGCUACUAUCCAUCAUCUUAACCCCCACUCCAUUUAUUCUCUGGUUCAAAGAAGCAAUGUGUAUGCAUUUAGAGAGUCAUGUCCAAAGAUCUUGAGACCACACUUAAGACCAGGCUCUUGACACCUUUCAACCUAUUGUUUUGACUGCUGGGUCACCCCUAGUACCUGUCAAUAAUUUUCUGGCUUGAAAUAUAGGACAAUAAUGACUCCCUGGCAACAAGUGUCAAUUGAAUAUGAAUGUUCAAAACUUGUGAUCAGUACCGCACAAUAAAUACCGUGUUUGGAGAUUUAUUUAUAUGAUCUGUGAACAGAGCCUCAUACUCUAUAAAAAUGAUGAACAUAAGCAAGUCAUGAAAAGAUGGCAUUGUUUCAUGGAUUGUUUCCACUUCCCAAGCUGUGUUGUUUCUAGCAAAAUGACUCAAAUAUCUCCAUAUCCAAAUGGUG